AUGCCGAAGGACUACCUGACGAGCCUUCCGCCCGAACUCUUCGACUGCAUCUGCCAGCUCGUCGUCACCGCGAAGCCGAAGCAGUACCUCGGCGGCAUCUCGAAGGCAUUUCUGUCGACCUCCCGGCGCCUCUGCUUCGCGACCACGACUGUACGAUCUUUCCAAAGACUCCAACAGCUCUGUCGACUCGUCAGCGAGAGCUCCGGCGUGGCUUUCUUCGUAAAGGAACUCCGGCUCCACCUUGAGGGCGAGGAUAUCGGACAACCGCGAGCGAAGGAGCUGGCAACGCUGUUCGGAUCCCUCACAUCGACCACGCACCUCGAGAUUGAAGGCUCCGCCAGGAUCGCCAAGAUGGUCCUCGCGCCCAAGACCGCCGGUCAAUACCUCCCGAAACUCGUCUCGCUUUGCCUCCUCGAUCCUUUCCACGGCUGGGCGAACCCGUUCGCGCCGGAUCACUACGCCAACUUGAAGCACUACCCCCACUUCAAUGUUCUCGAGCUCACGGUCAGGCGAAGUCGGGCCAGCCUUGGUCGAUACCAGCAGCGAGGCCGGCUGCCCGACUGGCGUCCGUGGGGCUGGUGGCUGUCUCUGCGCGGACCUAUACUCGGCAACCCGGCUGUACACGACCUCUUGUCCUGGUUCGAGUACCCCGAAGGGCUGUACCUGCACGAAACCGAACCCUUGACGGCGACCGAGUCUCUCGACAGCCUCCUAGACUGCCUUCCUGAGCCCGACGGUCUUCGCUGGCUGUCGCUUGCGUCCUUCGGAGGUCAGGCGAAUAUGGCACAGGCGUUGACCAAGUUCAAUCUCUCGUACGGUCUCGAGUUUCGCAGCGGCGCCUAUCACCGCGAUUGUCUUCCGGUCAUCAGUAAAAUGCAGGAGCUCGAAGAACUCAGCUUCUACGACAACCUUUGCAUCACCAUCCGCGAUCUUACAACCCUGAUCACCGGGCCGGACAAGCUAGCCUCUCUCGUGAAGGUCGAGCUUCACAAUGUGUGGGAUAGGUGGAAGGAGGAGGAGUGGAUCGACGACUUUGGCUACGAAUUGGAGCGUUACGGAGGAUGGUCGAGCGAGUUCAGUCUCUCGGGACUCGCCGAAUUGCUCAAGAUUGCGGAUGAGGAGGGUGUUGAGUUUGAGGGCCUCGCUGUCUCGCUCGCCCGCGAGAGGCUGGCCGACCGCAGGCUGAUUGAACAAGUGUCGCGUCCUUGA